AUCGGAAAACAGAUGUGUCACGGGGAGUCGGGAGAGGCUUUCAUUUUUAAUGCAUGCUCGUUUCACCGACACAAUGAGCACGAUACGGGCAACUGGCGAGCCCCUCGGCAUAAUCUGAGUGGUAAAGCGCACAUUGAGAAUUACGAGCUCCACUUUCCAGUUUCGGAGCCAGGAUAUGAGAACUCACUGUACUCUAAUUUGCCCUGA